GUUCAGGAGCAGCGCACGGUCCUGUGGCAGCAGCUGAUGCUCGACAUCUCGGACAGCAGCUCCUGAUCGAGCCUCGUGGACGAGCGUCUGGCGGGUCCCGAGAGGGUCAGAGGUCAAGUCGAGGGGACAACGCCAGUCUGAAGGUCACCUGUUCAGGUCCAGCACGUUGCCAUGGCAACGGAUGAAGCUGUGGAAGAGUAAGAGUGGAGGCAGAUGAAGGAAGGAUGAAGGGGCCUAAAGACAAAGAGAAGGAAAGAACAUGAGGAGGGAGGAAGGAAGGAUGAAGGGGGGAUAAAGGACACAUCCGGAAGGAAGAAAGUGAGCAAGGUAAGAAGGAAAGGAAGAAGUAGAUGGAUGACAGGAAGAGGACGGUGAGGAAGACAGGAAGAGGGAGGAGAGCAGGAGGUGGGACGGAAGAGAAGAGAAGAGGAAAGAAAAUAACUUUUGUCAGUCUUCCUUAAUGUCGCUCGCAGUUGAAGAAACAACACGAUGACGUCAUCACGUGUCGGUAUUUACGACAGAAAUGGCUGUUGCUAUGGCAACGCUGAGCCGUCCAUCACCAUAUUUUUAGUAUGGAGCCAGAUAGAUGGAGGGAUGGGGCGCGGGAGGGGCGGCCGUGAGCGCGUGUGCAGCGGAUCCAUCCGUCUGCUGAAGGUGACUGUGGAUGGUUCCGACGCGAUCACUCGUCUCUCGGGAGGAAAUCCGCGGAUCUGUUCCUGAAGGUUCCGGGUUGGCGCCACCUCGAAGCUGAAGCUCCAGCGACAUCCGCAGCAGCGGCCGCGUCAUGUCACGAUCCCGCCCGGGCGGCCGCCGCCUGCUGCCGCCCGCCGCCACCGCGCAGCACUGCGGGGAGUGACGGCGACGUCAGCCCGGCGAGGAGCCGCAGAGGAACCGAGACGCAAGCAUGGCGCCCUGAUGUCUUGCACCAUGCGCUGCUCGUGGAAGUCUCUGGUGCUUCUCGCGCUCGCCUCCAUCGCCGUGCAGUACACGGUGCUCCGCAGCUUCUCCAGCAGGCCCUUCAGCCUCCUCUACGGCUCCCCCACAGCCCGCCCCGCCAACUGCACCGCCAGAGGCGGGACGCGGCCGGCAACGUCGCGGGGCUCCGAGCCCGGAUGUGAGGAGGUCCUCGCGCACCGAGCCGGCCCCCCGUCGCUGCCCUCUCUGGGCUACAACGCCUCGGACAGAACCCACAUUCUCAUCCUGGCCACCACAAGGAGCGGCUCCUCGUUCGUGGGCCAGCUGUUCAACCAGCAUCCAGAGGUCUUCUACCUGUUCGAGCCCCUGUACCACCUCCAGCUGACGCUGCUGCCUCGUCUGGCCCAGAGUCGGAACCAGGCGGAGAGGAGGGUGAUGCUGGGAGCCGCCCGGGAUCUGCUCCGCGCCCUGCUCCACUGUCGCCUGGAGAGCCUGGAGAGCUACAUCCGCCCUCGCCCCGCCAACCACUCCACCGACAAGCUCUUCCGCCGGGGAGCCAGCCGCACGCUGUGCUCGCCGCCGGCCUGCGAAGCCAGUCUGGGUCCGGAGGAGCGAAGUCUGGUGCUGGCUGACGAAGGCGAGUGCGUGAAGCGCUGCGGCCCGCUGAACGUGUCCGUGGCUGCGGACACGUGCCGGGCAAAGCGCCACGCCGCCAUCAAGACGGUCCGGAUCCCCCAAAUCAGUGACCUCAGGGCUUUGGUUGAGGACCCCCGGCUCAACCUGAAGGUGGUCCAGCUGGUCAGAGAUCCACGGGGCAUCCUGGCGUCCCGCAUCGAGACCUUCCGGGACACCUACCGCCUGUGGAGACUCUGGAGGGCCACCGGCCGGCGACCCCACAACCUGGACCUGGGGCAGAUCAACACGGUGUGCGAGGACUUCCGCAGGUCCGUGUCCACGGGCCUGUCCAGGCCCCCGUGGCUCAGAGGGAGGUACAUGCUGCUGAGGUACGAGGACUUGGCCCGCUUUCCCCUCCGGAUGGCCCAGCAGCUCUACAGCUUCCUGGGUCUGGCCCUGGACCCCAGCGUGAAGGAGUGGAUCCUGAACAACACCCGCGGCAGCAGCGACCUGUCGGCCCGGCAGAAGUUCACCACGGUGCGGGACUCGGCGGCCAACGCGGAGAACUGGAGGGUGAAGCUUUCCUUCGACAUGGUGGCGUACACUCAGACGGCCUGCCAGCCGCUGCUGGACAUGCUGGGGUACAAGACCGUGUUCCACCCGCGAGACCUGAGGAACCUGUCUCGCUCUCUGGUGGAGGACCGGACGUUCCGCCCUCACCUCUGAUCGCGACCCACCGCGGACCCCCGGCUAGGUUACAGCGCCCCCUGACCCUCAACUGCAGGACACACCUUUGUGGCGAACGGUGUGUGGUUGGUGUGUGUUUUUCUACGUGAGUGCGAGUUACGAACGUGUGUGUCGGUUUGAGCGUGUGCUUGUCCAGUGCUCAUCUGAAAGUGUGAGCAGGGUUGUUUGGUUCGGGACGUCUGUGUGUGAAAGAACGUGUGCGACCGUGAUGGGUAGAUGAGGCUUCAUGAAACAGUAUCGCAGCGUGGACAAAACAGUGUCCUCAGAGGCCACUAGAUGGCGCUCUUGGUUCAGACAUGGUGUCAUCGAGUUAGUUGUUCAAGUCCAAACAUUUUCCAGCAGACGGUCAGGAAACUGUUUCAUGAAGCCUCAUCAACCCUUCAGUAGUGUGUGUGAGGUGCAUCAAAGUCACUGUGUGUCUGACUGAGUCUGUGUACAUUUAUCUCUCUAUUUAAGUGGAAUUUUUGUGGUGUAUAAUCGCGUCAGAGUGUGUGUGUGUGUGUGUGUGUGUGUGUAUCACUACCUCAGGCGACAGCAGAAGUGUCCAGGUAAAGCCACAGAAAUGUCCAUGUCCAGCUCCUGCCUUUCCCUCUCACCUCCCCUUCUUUCUGCGGAGACAAAGCACCAAGACCUUUUCUCUCAAGUGAAUCGAACAUUGUGGCGACGGAAACAUUCGUGGAACCGUCGCGUUGUAUUUCUUGAUCUGCACAACGGAGCCAGAAUAAAAAAGCAGAUGCCAAUGUUGUUUGAUGGACUUGAGCUUGAACCGGCUUCACAGAGAAAUGUUCAA